GCGGGGCGGGGGCGGCCGGCGCGGCCCGGCCCUCGGCCCGCCGCUGCCCGGCGCGGCGCGGCGCGGCCCGGGGGAGGGCGCCGCGCUGCCCGGGGCUGACCCGCCCGCCCCUGCGCCGGGACACGGCGCUGCCGGCGGGCGCGGAGGCACUGCCCGCUCCGCCCGCUCCGCCAGAGCGGCACUGCUCCCGGGCACCGACGGCGCGUCCUCGGCGGCGGCCCCGGCCCCGGCCCCGGCCCCGGCCCCGGCAGCGCCCGCGCCCGCCACCGCCGCGGCGGAGGGGGGGACGAUGAACCCCGCGCCGCCGCCGCCGGGGCAGCAGGUGAUCCACGUCACGCAGGACCUGGACACGGAGCUGGAGGCGCUGUUCAACGCCGUCAUGAACCCCCGGCCCAGCUCCUGGAGGAAGAAGAUCCUGCCCGAGUCCUUCUUCAGGGAGCCCGACUCGGGCGCGCACUCGCGGCAGUCCAGCACGGACUCGGGCGGCCCGCCGCCCCGGCCCGCCGCCGCGCAGCACGUCCGCUCCCACUCCUCGCCCGCCUCGCUGGUGGGCGCGGGCGCGGCGGCGGGCGGGGGGGCCGCUCCGCAGCACGCGCACCUGCGGCAGCGCUCCUACGACGUGACGGACGAGCUGCCGCUGCCGCCCGGCUGGGAGAUGGCGCUCACGCACACGGGGCAGCGCUACUUCCUCAAUCACAUAGAAAAAAUUACAACAUGGCAAGAUCCUCGAAAAACUAUGAACCAGCCGCUGAAUCACAUGAGCCACCAUCCUGCAGCUACUUCCACACCGAUGCCACAGAGGUCUAUGGCAAUGUCUCAGCCAAAUCUUGUCAUGAAUCACCAGCACCAGAUCGCAGCCGGCCCCGCCGUGCCGCAGCCGAGCCGCCCGGCGCCGCAGCCGCAGCCGGGGCUGCUGACCGUGCCCAGCGCGCUGACCACGCAGCAGCAGCAGCAGCAGAAGCUGAGGCUCCAGAGGAUCCAGAUGGAGAGGGAGCGCAUCAGGAUGCGGCAGGAGGAGCUCCUGCGGCAGGAAGCUGCGCUAUGCAGACAACUUCCCAUGGACUCGGAAAACAUGGCCCCAGUUCAGACUGCUGUGAACACACCUGCAAUGACGCAAGACAUGAGGCCUAUUACAAACAACGGAUCAGAUCCUUUCCUCAACAGUGGCCCAUACCAUUCCAGGGAGCAGAGUACAGACAGCGGCUUAGGACUGGGAUGCUACAGUAUACCAACAACACCUGAAGAUUUCCUCAGCAAUGUAGAUGAGAUGGAUACAGGAGAAAGUGUAGCACAGACGACAAUGAACAUAAAUCCACAACAGACACGCUUCCCUGAUUUCCUCGACUGUCUUCCAGGAACAAACGUUGAUCUUGGGACUUUAGAGUCAGAAGACUUGAUCCCUAUCCUCAAUGAUGUUGAGUCAGUACUCAACAAAAACGAGCCCUUCCUUACUUGGCUGUAAUCAUCCAUUAUUGAAUGCUGAUUCAGCCCGUAAUGCAAUUCAACAUUUCCUUUUCCUCUCAAAAUAGAGGUAGAGCAUCUGAAAAUCCUCAGAGAUACAACUUGCUGCCUUAAUGACUUUUGUCAUAUCAUCUUUAUGGUCAAUUUAAUCUCUGCCUGGAUUCGAUUGACAGUAACUUAAAUAUAAAACAUAUAUAAAUAUCUAUUUCUCAAAAAAAAAAAAAAGCUUUAUUUUAUACAUCUGUAGAUGGGUUUUUUCCUUUACAGAUCAGGCAGAAAUGUUUCACUUUCAGGACAGAAAGUGGGUUGUGUGUGCAUGUCCGUAUCUGUUCUAAUGGGUAUUGGUUAACAUCACAAACUCUUAAUGAAUCACAAAAGGUAACUGCUAGAUCACUUGAUUCAAAAACCUGCACAGCAUCAGACCAUGAGAGCAGUUUUAUUACUAUAUUUAUGACAAUAAUACAAAAGCUUUUAUAUCAAUUUCCUUAAGCUUUAAAAAAAUCUUUUCAUUAUUAGUAAAGCCGUGCUGUAUGGAAUGUAGAUUAAAUCUGAUCCAUAUCAGCUAUAAUAAUUCUCAUUAUACAUUUGAAAAGGCACAAGCAGUACUAUUGCAAUUUCUUUUUCAGUAUAUUACUGUAUAGUUUCCAGAUAAUACUUCCAAUUUGAAAGUAGCAGAAUUGUUUAGUAACAGUUUUACACUACUAUAUUGUUGUAAAAUAAACCAGAUUGGUACUAACUACUGCCUUAAAAAAAAAAGUGAUUAUAACAAGCAAUUUUUAAAUGGAUCUUAGAUUUUGAUGUUUAUUAUAUUAAGCACUACAAUUUUGUAAUUUAACACAUGAACAAAUAAUUUUUUAUAUAGAUCUGUGGCAAAUAUCUUCAAUGCAAAAAUAUGCUUUUAAAAUCAGGGCAGAAAAAUGUGGCACAACUUGAUAAUAUCAUAUGUAGUGGGGAAAAAAUGUUGCUCAGUGUUUUCAGUAGUAACGUUUUUAACUGACAGUGUUAAACUGUACAUGUAAUUGUAUACAAGAAAAAAGAUGAUGACUUUAUCAGAGCAAUGCUAAGCAGUAUUGUUACUUGUCUGGUAAAGUUGCUUAGUUCUUAACUCUUUUGCUUACUACAAUUGGUAUACAGGACACAAGGUAUGUUCUUUGUAUUCCUACCUAUUGUAUAUCCUAUAAAGGCUUCUUUAUCAGAUGUUUGGGACUGAGAAGGCAUCAAGGACAUUACACAUGCAGUUCCCCUGAAAUGCAAAUGAAGUCCUGAAAUUCUUAAAUAUUUUGAACUUAUAUUAUUUAUAAUCUAUGAAUUUAAGCUUUUUAUAUUGAAAAAUGUGCCUUUUUAUGAAAGGCAUUAAAACACUACUCUGAGCUUGAUCCAGGCUAUGGGGAGAGAGCAAGAGAUGUAGCACUCAGUGUAAAUGUGUGUUUGUCAGGUCUAAUAAAAGUAAUGAGAUCUUACCGAUGCACCAGAAUAUUGAUCAAUAAAGAUUUUUUUCCAUCUGGUUGGAGGAAGGUAGGUGAAAAGGUCAGAGAUGAAGUGAUGGGAAUAUGGAGUAGAUUUGGAAGAUGAAUGAUUAUGUUACAACUGUAGAUCCUUAGCAGGAAGGGUGGCUGCAGAUAGGGAUACACAGAAAAUGAAUCACCAGUGAUCAGUAAAAAAUAUGAUAGAAGAACUUAAUACAAAAAAACUACCUUGUAAAAGAUGAACUGCUGGGUCCACCAGAGAAUGAAAGCUAAAAUAUACACACCAAACAUUUAAAAAAAGAGAGGGAAGGCAAAGACCUAGAGCAAUGAAAUUGUAUUACACAGAGAAGAGUAGCUCUUUUUAUGUUUUUUAAAAUAUAAAAUGGGAUGUGACAGCAGAGUUGUGUCUGCACAGAAUUUAGUUACUGGAUGGGCAUUGUUUUUCUUUUAUUCUUUUUUUGGGGGGGUAUUUUUAUUAUUUUAUUUUUGUUAGAGAUAACCUUUGAGAUAGCAGAACAUUCUUUUAAAAAAAACAAGGGACAGAGCAGGCCUGACCAAUGUUACUGUAAUCAUGAUUAAUCUCUUUUAAAGAUUGCUUCAGGUUGUCAUCUUAAAUGAAAAACAGAUGGUCCUAAGGCUUUGUUCUUUAGUUACAUGACUGACUGACUUUGUUUGGGUUAAAGAAUUGGAGAUUUGGGGCAUCUGAUUGUGAUGCUAAAUCUUGUAAGGCCAGCUCUUCAGCGCUGCAUUACUGGCCUAGCAAAGUGAAAGCUAUUGGUGCUAGAACGAUCUACAGUAGCUACAGAUCUGAGCCCUGGUAUGUUCAGUUGAUAUUGCACAUCAUUAGAUAAAGUUUAGAAAAUGCAGUCUGUGCAUCUGCUAUUAAAUCAGUACUUUUGUAAAUUUAAGUUUUGUCAUAAUAAAAUAUAUUCCAAGCAGAUCAGAUUCUAAGCUGGUGUGAAUUAGCUAACAUCUAUUGACUUCUGUUUGGCUACACUGAUUUUCAUCAACUGACAGCCUGACUCCAUGUUUUUAGCACUUACAAUGAAAACUGAUGCAGUUUUCUAAUAAAAUCACACAUGAUAAAAGGUUUAUCAGAAUUAUGAAGCUAGAGGCCUGAUUCUCCUUUCAUUGGUGUUUCAGGAGGUUGGGUGUCUAGGUUCAAAGACCUUAAAGAGGUAAAUUUGAAACUGUUUUCAUAUUACUUUGAUAAUGAAACGGCAACAGAGUUGAACAGGAAGGUGCUAUAUGAAACACUACUUCCAGUAUAAAGCCACUGCCAAAAUCUUAGGUCAGACCUUUAUUCAAUCCUGAAUGAAAUCGUGGUUAAGUUAAAAGUGAUUCUUUAUACAUUAAGCUUUUCAUUUUGGAAUGGAGAGCGUACAUCAGAUGAAGUGAAGCAACAACAAAAUUAUUUUGUAAGGUGUUUUUUUUUAAGUUUCUGAUUUUAAAAAGGCUUAUGGCAGAACUUCAAGUAUUCAAAACAUACAAAAUUUUGAAAAUAAAUUUAUUGCUGACAAUAUUUCACUGUAUUAUUUCAGGUUGUGAAAUUACAUUCAUUUUACUAAAUUUACACUGUAUACUUGUAGUAUAAAUACAGUAAAUAUGCCAGCUGGAUAGCUGAACUGUUGACUAUCACUAAGGAUGGCAUACGUAAAUGCUGGUGAUACGGAAGUAAUGGGAUGUUGUUAAUUACAACUUUUAUUCUGGUAACACUAUUAGAAUGUAACUUAGGGAAGGACUGGGUUUGACUUUUUGAAAACAAAUGCUAUUUGGGGGAAGGGGAGAAUUAAAAUGUCUAUUUUAAAUACAAGAAAAUAUGGGUGUUCAAACAAACUUUUUUCCUGAUAUACUACAUCCAUGUAUGUGCUAGUACUUUAACUUUUUUAUUUACUUUUUUCAUUUUGUUAUAUGACAUGUGUGAGCAUUUGUUUUUAUUUAGAAUACUUUGCAUACAGAUUGUAUGCAUCAAAAGCAAUCAGAUCAAACUGUUGUAUCCAGGGUUUGAUUCUGUUUUUUAUUUCUUUGAUCUUGUACACGAAAAAUAAAUAUAAAUGAAUUUAAACCUA